GUCGCUCGUGCGGUUUUUCAAGUCAAUUUGUGAACGAUUGUGAGCUUAUUUUUAUUGGGAAUGAAAUAAGACGAUGUUCUAAAUGCAUAUUGUGCUGUUCCUCCUUUGAAGUGGAACCGUUCCUCGCGACUCUUGUUUCCACACGGACCAACGGGCCUCUCAGACAUGGCCACCUGCACUCGCACCGUGUGGAAAGUUCUGGCGGGAUGUCAGAGGCAGCUGCUGAGGGCCGGCGGCCCCGCCCCCCCGAAUCCUCCCGUCAGGACUCUAGCAGCCGUCAAGCCAAUGAGGAAAGACAAGAAAGAGGAGGCCGCGAAGGAGGCGAAGCCGGCAAGGCGCGUCGUGGAUGACGCGGGGCGACACAAGCCGUACGGCAGGACGGCGUGGGCGCCUGUGGACGACGUGUACUUCGUGAGGUACUACCCCCGCCAGGUCCACGGCGUCGCGGACGCCAUCCACAUGCUGAAGAAGUUCCAGAGGUUGGACUUCGCUCCCGUCAAGCAGCCCGUGUACAUCGACCUGAGGCUGGACAUGAAGCUGGAGAAGAAGAAAAGAGUGGACUCGUUCGUCAGCACGGUGCACCUCCCUCACCCCUUCAGGACGGAGAUGAACAGAGUCCUGGUCUUCACCGAGGAUGCCGAUCAGGCUCGAGCUGCGCUGGAGGGCGGGGCCGUGCUCGCCGGGGGGGUCGAGCUCAUACAGUCGAUCUUGGAUGAGGAGAUUUCUGCCGACUACUACGUGGCGGUGCCGGCGAUUCUGCCCAAGCUCGUCCCGCUGAAGAACAAGCUGAGGAAGAAGUUCCCAAAGGGCAAAAGAGGCUCAGUCAGCAGCGACAUUCCCCAGAUGUUGGAGCUGUUCCAGAAGGGUCACGAGGUCCUGGUGGAGAACGACUGCUACGUCAGGACGCAGAUCGCCACGCUGGACAUGAGCACAGAGCAGAUCCUCAGCAACCUGCGGAGAGUCCUGAUGGACGUCUGCUCGCACCGACCCGCCAACACGGGACCUUUCAUUGAGCGUGCGAUCAUCGCCAGUCAAACCAGUGAAGCUCUGUGGUUCAGGAGCCAGGACGUCCUGCCCGAGGACAAAGCAAAUUCCUCCAUGUGAACAGCAGGGGGCGGAGGUCUGACGUCAUAGAAUCCAGGAUUUGAUUUGAUCUGUAACACAUUUUAUAUUCACAAAGAGACACACUUUUAUUACCACUUAUUUAGCUGAUUUCUAAUAAAUGCUUGAGCUUUCUUUUUAA